AUGGACUACGUGGAGGAAAACAGCCCUCAGCAGGUUCUCGACCUGAUUCACUCGAUUACAGCGUUUUGUCGCUCGGAAUUUCCUCAGGAGGCACGACGUCAAUCCGAGAGCAAAACGCCCUCUUACCGUAAUCGAUUCAACGAACGUGAAAAGGGCAUCGAGGGACGAAUCAUCAAUGCCACGCUCAGAAAUCUCUCGACGAAACUCGCACGAAUACAGGAUCAGCUCACAGAACCGGAGAACAUGAGCCUGCUCGGUGAUGUGCGUAUGCUAGUGAAUUUCAUCCAAGAGCAGCAUGGAAAUCCAUUUCGCCGAGUUGGUUUGAGCGCUUUGUUGGAUGCUAUCGAUAAAUCACCGAAGUCGGAGAGUUCCGAGGUGCCGCGAAGGGAUGAGAGCGGAAAAAACAGUCCCAGCGGGCUGGUGCCACCGAUACGUGGAGACCAGGCAUCACUUCGGCGAGGAUUGUUUCGGAAAAGAGAGAAGUCAUCGCACGACUCAAUGUUGAAGAGCGGUCAGGAUGAUGCCUCAGACGCCGAUUCAUCGCCAUCAACGCCUCGAACCGCAUCCUCAAUCGACGAUGGCUUAUCUCCGUUGGUCUCAGCCGCUAUGCUCAAGAAAAAGAGCGCUCCGAAACUCCAUUUUGGUAUGUUCGUUGUAUUCAAUUCCACUUCUACUGAUACUGCUAGGAGAGAGGAGAGGCACACGGAGGCGCGACGUUCAACUUGUUUAAAAUCCAACAAAACGGAAAAUAUGGAUGAGGAGUGCUCUGAUUCGGAGACGGCGGAUGAGCUGAGUGAAAUCGACUACCUCAGUGCAAAAAGGCCUACCAGCGAAUCUAUCCGCUCCAAGCAUCCAAAAAGUCCCGCCGAUGCUCAAGGAAAUAUUCGCCUUUAUGGUGUGGUAGUGCCCGCUCCGCGGAUGUUGGACAGCAAGGUAAACUACAGUUCCAAAAAAUCCUUUGACUGCCUAAUCAUUUAA